CCUAAACAUUAUGGAGGUUGCAAUUGUAAUUUACUUUCUCCUGUCCCCCACCUCCCUUUCAGGUUACACAUGUUGAACCAUGGGAGAAGGGCAGCAGGAAAACCGCAGGCCAGACAGGGAUGUGUGGAGGGGUGCGUGGUGUUGGAACUGGAGGAAUUGUGUCCACUGCCUUUUGUCUGCUCUACAAAUUAUUUACCCUGAAACUCACUCGUAAGCAAGUGAUGGGCCUUAUAACUCAUACAGACUCUCCAUAUAUUAGGGCUCUUGGAUUUAUGUAUAUUAGGUACACACAACCACCUACAGAUCUAUGGGAUUGGUUUGAAUCCUUUCUUGAUGACGAAGAGGACCUGGAUGUGAAGGCAGGUGGGGGUUGCGUUAUGACCAUUGGGGAGAUGCUUCGUUCCUUCCUCACAAAGCUUGAAUGGUUUUCCACCUUGUUUCCAAGAAUUCCUGUGCCAGUCCAGAAAGCUAUUGACCAGCAAAUUAAAAGCAGACCUAGAAAAAUCAAGAAAGAGGGCAAGGAGGGAAUGGAAGAAAUCGAACGGCAUGCAGAACGUAGACGUUCAAGGUCUCCAAGACCAAGAUCGAUCAGUCCCCGGAGGUCUCCCAGAAGAUCCAGAAGCAGAAGUCACCAUCGGGAAGGCCAUGGAUCAUCUAGUUUUGACAGAGAACUAGAAAGAGAAAGAGAACGGCAGAGAUUAGAACGUGAAGCAAAGGAGAGAGAAAAAGAAAGGCGGAGAUCUCGAAGUACUGAUCGUGCACUGGAACGGAGGCGAAGCAGGAGCAGGGACAGAUACAGAAGCCGUAGUCGAAGUCGUGACAGGAAAGGAGAUAGAAGAGACAGGGAUAGGGAGCGAGAAAAAGAAAAUGAACGGAGUCGAAAAAAAGAGAGAGAUUAUGAUAAGGAAAGAGGUAGUGAGAGGGAAAAAGAUCGAUCUAGAGAAAGGUCAAAAGAAAGAAAAAGUAAGAGUGAUACAGAAGAGAGAAGACACAAGGAUGACAAGGAUGAGAAGAAACACCGGGAUGACAAGAGGGAGUCCAAAAAAGAGAGAAAACAUAGUAGAAGUCGAAGCCGGGAAAGAAAGCAUAGGAGUAGGAGCCGCAGUAGGAACACAGGUAAGCGCAGCAGAAGCAGGAGCAAAGAAAAAUCAAGUAAACAUAAAAAUGAAAGUAAGGAGAAGUCGAAUAAACGAAGUAGAAGCAGAAGCAGAGGAAGAACAGAUAGUGUUGAGAAGUCCAGAAAACGAGAUCAGAGUCCCAGCAAAGAAAAAUCCAGGAAGCGUAGCAGAAGCAAAGAACGUUCCCACAAACACGAUCACAGUGAUAGCAAGGACCAUUCUGACAAACCCGAUCGCCGAAGGAGCCAAAGUACAGAACGAGAGAACCAGGAAAAGCAAGAGAAAAUCAAAGAUGAGACUCUGUGAAUUCUUUCAGAAGUGGAUCACAUUGAAUCCUAUAAAUGUUUGAUUAAAUCCUGCUUAUUUUUUCUUAAAGUUGAGAUUGUGCAGUAGUUGAUGAGCACUCUUCUCCAACCUCCCUCUAGGCUGCAGAUUGUCAUUUCCUAUUUUGGGUAGGGAAGUGCCUUUGUAAACCCAUUCAAUGCAUUGACGGUUUCAAACCAUUUGUUUAGUUUAAUUUGUAAUGCAGAGAUUGUUUUUGCAUUUUUAUUGUUCAGAUGUUUCUGAAAUGUACAGUCUGUACAUAUGUCCUGAAAAUGUUUUAAUUCCUUUGGCACAGUUGCCAUGUUGGUUAAAUUUGUAUGAGGCAAUAAACUGCCACUAAUUAUACUUCCCUUUUGUAGACGUGGAAUUAUGGUUUGUAUCCUGAAGUUAGCAUGGCUGUGCUUUAUGUAAUAGUAUGGCUUUUAGGGAUGGAUUUGGAAUGUGUACUAUAGCUGAGAUAUUUAUGUGCAUACAAUGUACAUUGAGGGCUGCAGAUUUAGAACUAACAUUUAUGUCCACUGUACCUGCUGUUUUCUUCAAAGCUUUGUAUUAUGUUGAUCACCAGUGGUGUUAAAUUAGUGGACUUUCAAAGAGAUAGUGGUUUUGAUGCAAGGAUUUAGAUGAUGUUGGGGCUUGUUUAGUAAUUCUGUAGAAAGGCUACCUCAAGCGGACACUGUAAAGGUUGACAGAUGAGUACCGUAGCCAUCUAUGCAUUUUAUUUGUUUGAAAAAAAUCCAUGUAAGCUUCCUUUUUUUUUUAAGCACAAUUUAUCCAUUUGUGGUCUUUUAAUUUUUUUUUUUUUUUCAAUCAUCAGCUGCACUCUGUCAUUUAUGAUAAUCCUGGGCUAAUAAAGGCAUUUAAGAUGGGAAGAGGGAGGUAGGAAGAAGAAAAAUGUUACAAAGGAUUUCAGUUUCAAGCUUCCAAAGCAUUUUUAUAAGUCUAAACAUUUAAAAUAUGAACUAAAUAACAGUGUCCUUUUUUAAGUCAUAUUUUCUACAAAUAGUAAGGAUCGCAGUUCAUGCUGAACAUUUCAUCUGGCAGAUUUUUUUUUAAAACAGGUUGUUAGAAGCAAAAACCAAAAUGGAUUAUAGAAGAAAAAUAAUAUCAUUACAGUCCAAGUCUAUUUGAUAGAUUAUUCUGAUGACUUGUAUACUAAGUGAGGAGAACCAUCUGGAAUAAACUCUCAAUUAAUUCCUUUGUA